AUGGUUGUGCGUGGCGGUAGGAUUUUGGUCGGCAUUGGUGGUUGGAUUGCGAUCAUUGGAGAAAAGGUAGUUGAUGCUAUCAUAUGCUUCCUCAAGACAGGACAAUUGCUGAAAGAAAUUAAGAACACAGUCCUCAUUCUUGUGCCCAAACUAAAAUGUCCCAAUACAGUGAAAGACUAUAGACCAAUAGCAUGUUGCAAUGUCAUCUACAAGGCAGCCACCAAGGAGGAUGGAUUUGUACAAGGACGCUUCAUAGCUCACAACAUAAUGAUAUGUCAGGACCUUGUUCGUCACUAUGGGAGGAAGAUGACAAAAGCUAGUUGCAUAAUCAAAUUGGAUUUGCAGAAAGCUUAUGAUACGGUUGAAUGGAGCUUCAUUGAAGAAAUGUUGUAUGGAUUGCAUUUUUCUGAGCAAUUCAUUCAGCUUGUUAUGAUAUAUGAUGUACUACUAUUCUGCAAUGGAGACUAUAACAACAUCUAUUAUCUAUUACGUGGCCUUAAGCUUUUCUCUCAAACAUCGGGGUUGCAGCCUAAUCCUUCUAAGUCGGCCAUUUAUUGCAAUAGCAUGUCUCCUACAGAGGUGCAACGUAUACUAAAUGCAUCGGGUUUUCAAAGAGGUGAGGUACCUUUCACUUAUCUGGGUAUCCCAAUUAGUCCCAAAAGACUCUCAUCAAAGGAGUGCAUUAUUUUGGUUGACAAAAUGACACAGAAUAAGAUCAUGGAGCACCAGAUCAUAAAAGAGAUUGAAGUUGUGAGGAAAGCUUUCCUAUGGAAAGGGCAGCAUAUGAUGGUUGGAGCAGGACAAAUAGCAUGGGAAAAUAUUUAUCAAGCUAAAAUAGCUGGUGGCAUUGGUUUCAAAAGAGUAGCUGAAUGGAAUAAAGCGGCAAUGUUUAAAUAUGUUUGGGCGAUAACAACUAAAGAAGAUAACCUAUGGAUCAUAUGGAUACAUAGUGUAUAUAUUAAAGAGACAGAUUGGUGGAGUUACUUGGUUCCCCAACAUGGAAGCUGGUACUGGAGGAAGAUAGUAGCACUUAAAGGUAUUCUUUUAACCUUAAUGAAUCCAUCCUCCAUUAUUCAGAAUAAGUAUAGAAUUGUAGAAGUUUAUAAACUGCUUUGUCCCAUUGCUGGCCGAGUCAAAUGGAGUAAGGAAGUGUGGGGCAGGUUAAACACUCCUAAGCAUAGCUUUGUGAUAUGA